CGUCCCCGGGGCUCGACCAAUAGCGCGGCGCACAUUCACCCGGAAGUCCCUCCUCCACGCUCGAAGCAGGCAAACAUGGCAGCUGUCAGCAACAGCAACCAGGACAUCUCUGCGUCUAUCGGCGGCAUUUUGAAUGAAAAACACCGCGCAGGGCACCUGCAGGUGUUGAAGACGUUCACGGCUGCGUUACGGGAAAGAGAAUACAGGGAUGCCGUGGAGGAGCAGGCGUUCUCCAGUCUCCUGCAGGUCCUCACCAGGCUGAGCGACGAGCUCCAGGCCGUCAGAGAGACCAGCGAGGACCUGCAGUCCGUCGGUCUGCAGCUGCAGCUGACCGCCGAGUGCUUCAGGGCCCAGAGGAACUCGUGUGUCCAGAGCACACGCAACCAGAGUCUGCUCAGGGAGCUUGGUUUCGUUGAUGUUUCACUUAAGCUUCUGAACUUCCUUCAGAAAUCACAUUUGGAGAGUAUCGAUGGCAUGUUUGAAGCUCUCCGUUGUGGGAUUCAGUUCCUCGGUAACUUGGCUGUGGGACACCAAAUGUGUAAAGAUGACAUUUGGGAGCUGAGCUUCCCAAAUCUUUUCCUGGAGCUGCUCAGGGCUGAUGAUGAGAAGACGGUGAGCUACGCCUCCAUGGUUCUCCACACGUGUCUGGAUGAAGUCAAGGUGGAGGAGAUGUCGAAGCCGCAGAACAUCCAGCUGGCGUUCAGGGUGAUGGAGCUCUGUAGGACUCAACCUGAACUGGACUGGACGGUUCUCAUUGCAACCCAGCACUUUCUCAAAUCCUCAGAUCUGGUGGAGAACAUGUACUCAGGGAUGUCUCACCAUGAACGAGUUACGUUGCUGGAACUGCUCUUUGCCCAGCUAAGAGAGGAAGACUCAGAGGAGUGCGGCGUCCCACCCAGCGUGGCUCGUUUCGUGGCUAAUUCCUUCCAGACAGGUUGUGGAGCUGUGCUCACACUUGCCACUGGUUCUGCCUCCAGCAAUGAGGUCCUGCAGGAGGCACUGACAGUGAUCAGUCUGCUUGAUGUUUUGUGUGAGAUGACCUCAGGCCACAGACAGUUCAUGUUCCUGCAGGAUCACCCUGACCUUCUCAUGACCACUGUUGAGCUCCUGGGGCAGGUGCACGCCAUAGGGAAGGCCAGUAAGAAUAUUUUCAGUGCUGCUCAGAACUUCUCCUCCUUCAGUGGUGAUGGAGACUCUUCUCCUGUAAUCGGCUUCAAGGCUCAUCUCAUCCGGCUGAUAGGAAAUCUCUGUCACAGCAACACCAACAACCAGAACAAGGUGAGAGAACUGGAAGGCAUCCCCCUCAUCCUGGACAACUGCAACAUAGACAGCAACAACCCAUUCAUCAGCCAAUGGGCCAUCUUUGCCAUCAGGAAUCUCCUUGAAAAGAACUUGCAGAACCAGGAGCUGGUGGCCGAGCUGGAACGCUGCGGCCCCGCUGACUACUCUGCUCUCAGGGAGCUGGGAUUCCUGGUGGAGGAGCGAGAUGGAGGUUUGCUGCUCAAAUCUGUGAGGAAAGACUCAUAAAAACCUCGGAGCAGCAGCCAAGAAGAGGAGAGCCUCGACCCACAAGCAGGUUUUCAUGUGAUGUCAUUGUUCAGAAGGGAAUAAAGUACAUGUGCAUGCGCUUGUGUGAACAUGUACUUAUACUUUACCGCAAGCUCCUUAAUGUUACCCAGUAUUUAAAAAACAAA